GGUGCCCCUGUGCCUGGCCGCCGCGCUCUGCCUGGACGCGGUCGGGGGGAUGUAUCCCUACGGUCAGCCCGAGUUCUCCUCCAGGCGCAGGAACUGCAAGCCCAUCCCGGCCACCCUGGUGCUGUGCCACGGCAUCGAGUACCCCGAGAUGCGGCUGCCCAACCUGCUGGGGCACGAAACCAUGAAGGAGGUGCUGCAGCAGGCCGGCUCCUGGAUCCCCCUGGUGCAGAAGCAGUGCCACCCCGACACCAUGAAGUUCCUGUGCUCCCUCUUCGCCCCCGUCUGCAUCGACGAGCUGGACGAGCCGAUCCAGCCGUGCCGGUCGCUGUGCGAGCAGGUGAGGGGCAGCUGCUCGCCGGUCAUGUCAGCCUUCGGCUUCCCCUGGCCCGACAUGCUGGAGUGCAAUCGUUUCCCGGAGGAUAACGACCUGUGCAUCCCACCGGCGGACUCCAACGAGCACCUCACUGUGCCCAAGGAAGAGCCCAGAGUGUGCGAGGCUUGUAAAGAUAAUGCGGAAAACGACAACGAGAUCGUGGAGAGUUACUGCAAAAAUGACUUUGCCCUGAAGAUAAAAGUGAAAGAAAUCUCCUACAUCAAUGGAGACACAAAGAUCAUCCCGGAGACCAAGAGCAAAACCAUUUACAAGCUGAAUGGAGUGACUGAGAAAGAUCUGAGGAAGACUGCCUUGUGGCUGAAGGAUGGCCUGCAGUGUACCUGUGAUGAGAUGAAUGACAUCAACGCCCCCUACUUAGUGAUGGGACAAAAGCUUGAUGGGAACCUGGUCAUAACCUCAGUCAAGCGAUGGCAGAAAGGGCAGCGAGAGUUUAAGAGAAUCGCUAGGAGCAUCCGUAAACUGCAGUGUUAGAUUGCCCCCCCUUCUCUCUUUUGUUUUUCUUUGUUGCAUGUAACACUUAGGAAAAUACUACACAUCACAUUUGGUUACUCUUCUCGUUUAUUCGCAAUACUCGUGUUUCUCAUUCAUUAACCUAAAGUUCCGUCUCUGAUUUCUGACAAAGUGAAACUUUCGCUGAAAAAUAAAUCUCUGUUGUCCUUGUUGCUGCUCGUGUAGUUAGAGCAAGACAUUUUCCUAUUCUCACUGGAGUCAAUUUUAUUUUCAAGAGUGAGUUUUACAGGACAGGAUUGCCAUUGAUCAGACUCUGCUACACAGUUCAUUAAGCCUUCAUUCACCAUUUCUUUCAAAGUAGGCAAAACAAACAAAAACACUACAGCCAGCCAGGGGCUGAAAACAGCAGAAAGGUAGUCAGAGAUUCAAACUUUUUUUCUUUAUAUAAAUAUCCAAGAAUCAUAUUUCACAAAGGUUUCCACUGGGUAAAAAAAUAAUUUGCAUGCAAUGGUAAAUGUAGAGAACAUUUCUUUAGCAAUCAGCAUCCAUGACUGGUUUGCAUGAUUUGAGCUACUCUUAAACCAUGAACAAUUCAGCAAAAUAUGGUAAACCCAGUAAACUUUCCGCUAUAAAAGCUAUAAAUGGUGAAACUCCCUUUGGGAAUUUUUCACCCUUUUACUAAUAUUAUCUUUCAUUCCCUUGUACUAAGUACUAAAUACUGUUAAUUUACCCAUCAUUAGACACCGCUUGGAUUAGCUUGAAACAAAUAGUUUCUUAAUGCAGAUGUGGUAUAUUUUACAUCCCUGAUUCUAUACCAUUUUCAUGAUACUUUUUGUUAAGAAACAGUAGGUGUAUCUUUGUGUAUAAUAAUAAUCCUUGCAUUUGAUAUAGUUCCUCAUCACGUCUUCGAGACGUCUCAAAGCAUGUCACACAAUAUAAUAAUAAUCAUAAUCCUUGCAUUUGAUAUAGCGCUUUUCACACCUUCUAGAUGUCUCAAAGCGCUUCACAGAAUAUACUGUGAAGUGAAUGGACUGUAUAUUUGUGGGCAAAACAUGGCAGCCAAUUGCACACAGCAGUGUCCCACAAGCAGCCAUGGAUUGAGUUACCAAAUUAUUUUAAAACAUUUUUUGAAGGAAUUAUUACUCCUGGAAAAGCGAUCCACAAAUCGACUAACAAUCAGUUCCGAGUUACCACCAGGUAAACAGAAGCAUGUGGAGUAAGGAAACUUGCCUAACAUUUCGCCCUGCCCGGGAAUCAAAUCCAGGUCCUCUCGCUUGUGAAGCGAGUGCUCUUGUAAAUUAAUGCCACAGAGAAAAAUGAUACAGAAUAUCACAUUAAAAAGUUCAUUCAUUAAAAAAGUUGGGUUGACAUCAUGGAAUUUGUUGUAUUCUAGUCAAAACAAUACUGUUACUCUCUCAGUAACAUCACAGCAUUCAUACUCCUGUGUAAACCAAGGAAACUGUGACAUUUGUAAGCUCGGAGUGCAUCACCAACUUCUGUUCUUUGCAUUUCUCUGGCGAUUUAGUACAAACAUACCUGCAAUUUAAUUUGCUUUAUUGUAAGAUUAUCUGCAAAGGUUGUAAAUAUUGCUUGGUGAUUGUGUAAAUAAUUCAGAUAAACAGUAUAUUCUUGUACAUAGAUGUCCUGAUAUUCCAUUUCUGUGGUUGUAUAUGUAUCCAAUUCAAUCGUUAAAACCGUUCUUUCUUUCAAGCUUUUAAGAUAUCUUACUAAAAUGCUUCACUUACUUGAAAUAAAGACUGGGAGUGUUGACAAA